AGCAAACCUACGAUGCGCCGACUGCCAGCGUGAACCGCACGUCUCCACAGAGGGGCGUCUACGACAGCUAGAUCAUGGACGAUCAUGGCUGCAUGGAACGGCAUCUCUCGUUGCGUCGGCAAUUAACAGAGCAGCAUAAGCAAGCACGUUGAAUGCUUUCCUUUCCGCCUGGAACUCGGCCGCAUUCGCUCCAAGAUACUGGACAGGAGCAAGGCAACGCGGCGGCAAAGACACCAAUGUUCCCACCCCGUCCAGUGGCAGUCAUUCAAUCGAUGCACCGGCGGCGUAAUAUCAUUGCGCUCACACACAAGUCCGGUCCAAACAGCACGCAUGCGCGCAACCACGCAACCACCAUCGCCAGAUGACCCGGCUCGCUUACCGAAUAAGUGAAUCUCAAGCCCUCUACGCCGUAUUCUUCUCUUAAAUGGGUCCGAGCCCGCCACGCGCGGACCGUAGGGCUGUAGCUUACGCCUCUCCCGAAGCCACUCGUAUACCCGAUUAGGCAAACGAGCCACCUCAGUCCUGGCAUCGUGCUUCCCGCCCGCCAAUGAUGGCCUCUCUUCCAACGUCCAGCGCCGGCAUGUGCAUCUUUCAUGGCAUCAAUUCGCGAUUUCGGAAAACGGCGUUCAGACAUUCGGGACCACCUGCGCCUCCAUCUGCGUACGCGUCUCUCGUCCACCUCAUAGAGAGAUAAAUAGAAGCCAUUGCACCAUGUGUUCAAGCCCCAGCAAAGACGCAGUGACGCGAACAACUUCCUCCUCGUCAUCAUGAAGCUUCAAAGCAUCUUCUCACUCGCUGCGUUUUGCGGCAUCGAACCUGCGAAUGCCGCGGGGGGAUUGGAGCACAAAGACAUCAUCGCGCACACCCAGCAGGGAGCCGUCCGCGGCGUCCAGGUCCACGACCGCGUCGAUGCCUUCCUCGGUGUCCCCUACGCCCAGCCGCCCGUAGGCAAGCUACGCUUCCACCCGCCGCAGCCUCUCGAGAUCGUCCGCGAGCCAAAGGCCCGCGAGCCGUUCAACGCCACUAGGCCCAGCCCCGCGUGCUACCAGUUUAGGUACAAUAGCAUCUUGGGGGACUCGCUCAAGCCCAGCACGCCCGAGUCGGAGGACUGCCUCACCCUCAACAUCUAUGUCCCCAAGAAGACUAGCAAGACAAAGGGAAAGAAGCUGCCGGUCUAUGUCUGGUCUUAUGGCGGUGGCUUCGGCGAAGGCGCCGCUAGCGUGCCAUUGUAUGAUCCUACGGACUUUGUCGCCGAGAGCCGGGACAUCAUCGUCGUCACCUGGAACUAUCGUCUCAACAUCUUCGGCUUCCCAAACUCGCCUGCCCUACGCCACCAGAAUCUCGGCAUCCGCGACCAGCGUCUGGCCCUCGAGUGGCUGCGAGACAACCUCGACUCCUUCGGCGGCGACCCGCGGCGCAUCGUCUUCGGUGGGCAGUCCGCCGGCGCCGAUUCGGGCCAUUCGAUGGUGUACUCGCACCCGCGGGACCCCAUCGUAUCCGCCUUGCUGCUCCAGAGCGGCAUGAUUGAAAUCGUCAACGCGCGGACCGCCGGUGCCGACUUUGAGUAUGUGCGCGUCGCGGGGGCGGUGGGCUGCCUGAAUAGCGACCGUGCGAAGGAGCUUGAGUGCAUGAGGAUGAUUGACGCGGACAGGCUGAAGCACGCCAUCACGAAUAGCACGCUCAACAGGUUUGGGUCGCCGUAUGGGGGGAUGCCCAUGGCGGACAACGUCACGGUGUUCACCAACGAAGAGUACGCGAAGCGUGGCAAAGCAGGCCACUUUGCUCGUCUGCCGACACUGAUGGGAAUGAUGCUCGACGAGGGGGACGGGGUCGCCAACUGGGAUCCCGUCAAGGGCAUCAACAAGACCAUCUCGAGGAUCAUGACGGAGACUCUUUUUGAGUGCAACAUGAUUGCCGAGACUGGAUAUCGAGCUAAGCAUCAUGUGCCCGUGUGGCGCUACCUGAAUAAGGGGGUCUUCCCAGAGGUUACGACUUUCCCCUGGGCAAGGGCUUACCACGCAGCGGAUAUUCCCCUUCUCAUGGGCACGUAUAACCUCAUGGCUGGUAACAAAACGGCCGACCAUGGCGGCUCGACUACUAAGGAAGCCUCACGAUUCCUGCAGCAUUUCUUCGCCGCCUUCAUCAGGGACCCGACCCAUGGCCUGAAGAAGAGUUAUGGGCUGCCAAUCUACGAGCCAAACACCAGUACAUCUGUUGAGCUCUUCAAGAACAACAAGCCGGCCUUGACUCGAAUUCUGAUCCCAGAUAACCCCGCUUGCGCGCACCCGACCCCGCUGCCGGAGAAUGAAAGUCCCUAGACAGUGUCUAGCCUAGGUUCGAGGUAUCUGGUUGUUACAACUCAGUCGGUUGGGAAAGGACUUGGUGUGGGUGCCGAGUGUGAGUUGAUUGCGAGUCGCUAGCAUGAUACAUGCUGGCUCAACCAAGCCUGCUCCCUCUAAAUUCCUAGCAAGCGUCCUAUCCAAGCAAAAUAUCAACC